GGGCGGGGACGUGGCUGGGGACUGGAAUAUAGCUGGGGACCAGCAGGCUAAAGCUCUGAAGCUUGGGUUAGGGGCGGCAGGAGGCGGGGUGACUCUGAGCCCCGCCCCAGAGGGCCGUUGGAAAAGUUUGCUUCGGAUCCUUUAGGGCAGAGUCUAGGCGAGCUAGUUCAGAGGCAGGCGACAAGGUUCGAGUGCUGAGCGAGGUGGCAGGACAAGCCGAGACGGAGAGAAACCUGAGGCCACGAGCGACUUCCGGAGCCCCUAGACUGGAGUCUUAGCUGAGACCCGGCAGCAUGCAGCCGGCCCAGAUACGCCUUACAGACGGAGAGCCUAUUUUCAACACUCUUGCUGGACCCAGGCCUGCAAGCCUUCCAGAAACCACCACCACUGUCCCAAUUGUUCCCUGAAAUGAACGUUCCUGGCGCGCCCUCUCGUGGACUAUUGAGGUAACCACCUGUCUUUAGGCAGUCAUGGCAACUACGCAUGCGCAGGGCUACCAGCUUUUCUCCGGGAAUGAUACUCUCCGGGAACACUACGAUUACGUUGGGAAGCUGGCAGGCAGGCUGCGAGACCCCCCUGAGGGUGCCACCUUCAUCACCACCAUCCUCUUCUUGGUCACCUGUAGCUUCAUCGUCUUGGAGAACCUGAUGGUUCUGAUUGCCAUCUGGAAAAACAAUAAAUUUCACAACCGCAUGUACUUUUUCAUCGGCAACUUGGCUCUCUGCGACCUGCUGGCCGGUAUAGCCUACAAGGUUAACAUUCUGAUGUCUGGCAGGAAGACGUUCAGCUUGUCUCCGACAGUGUGGUUCCUCAGGGAAGGCAGUAUGUUCGUAGCCCUGGGCGCGUCCACCUGCAGCCUGUUAGCCAUUGCCAUAGAGCGGCACCUGACCAUGAUCAAGAUGAGGCCGUACGACGCCAACAAAAAGCACCGCGUGUUCCUUCUGAUUGGGAUGUGCUGGCUGAUUGCUUUCUCGCUGGGUGCCCUGCCGAUCCUGGGCUGGAACUGCCUGGAGAACUUUCCUGACUGCUCUACCAUCUUGCCCCUCUACUCCAAGAAGUACAUUGCCUUCCUCAUCAGCAUCUUCACAGGCAUUCUAGUGACCAUCGUCAUUCUGUACGCGCGCAUCUACUUCUUGGUCAAGUCCAGCAGCCGCCGGGUGGCCAACCACAACUCUGAGAGGUCCAUGGCCCUGCUGCGGACCGUAGUGAUCGUGGUGAGCGUGUUCAUCGCCUGCUGGUCUCCCCUUUUCAUCCUCUUCCUCAUCGACGUGGCCUGCAAGGUGAAGGAGUGCUCCAUCCUGUUUAAGAGUCAGUGGUUCAUCAUGCUAGCUGUCCUCAACUCUGCCAUGAACCCUGUCAUCUACACGCUGGCCAGCAAAGAAAUGCGGCGUGCUUUCUUCCGGUUGGUGUGCGGCUGUCUGGUCAAGAGCAAGGGGACCCAGGCCUCACCAAUGCAGCCUGCUCUCGACCAAAGCAGGAGUAAGUCAAGGUCCAGUGACAACAGCAGCCACUCUCCAGAGGCCAGGAAAGACCUGCCCCACGUGGCCACCUCUUCUUGCAUCCUUGACAAAAACAGAUCGCUUCAGAACGGGGUCCUCUGCAAGUGACCAUCUCCACAGGGCAAGCUCUGCAGCCACACUUAUUUAUUGCAUGCGUUACUUCCACGUGGGGCCUUGGAGACCUUGACUUUGGAGGUCUGCUUGAUGUGGCCAAUGUGAGCAUCUCCUGGGGGAGGGGACCCAAGCAAUCACCAACACAUUUCAGCCCGGACAUGGACGUGCCUUACAUGUUGCAGGCUCCAUCCAGCCUUUUGAAUGUACAGAGCUGCUGGCAUUGCCCGGUGCCUUCAGAUGCCGCUCUCCCUGGUCCGGGAAGAGAGCAGACGGCGAUGCGCUAUGCACAGUGCGCCUUGCGGUGAUGUUUUGCUAUGUUCACACUACAUUUAUGUUUCGUAGAAUGGGUGCUCACAUAUGUGUUUGUCUGUUGCUGUGCUGCACAGGAUGUAUACACCAGGUCUUCCCAGGUGGAGCCCACAUGAUGUGUCAGACCUCCACACGUUAUGUAACUGUUUCUCCAAACUUGCCCCCACUGCUGCGCCAGGUUCGAGAUCACUGUGUGGUAAGGUGAUGUGCCUCUCCCAGUGCACUUGCACGGGUGUUCUAGCUCACAUCUGUGGAGAAGUGUCCUCAAAAGCCUCGCCCAAGAGCAGCCCAGGCUUGUCAGUCUUACCCUCACAUCCCUGUGUCCCUCUUGUGCCCUCUGCAUAAGCUUAAGUACAUCUGAAAGCCAAAUUAUGUGAUAACUUAGGCAUUUCUGAAAAUCACAGAAAAGCUGGGCAGGAUCUCUCAGAACUCUGGUGGAUCGCUGAAGGAGGAGGCUUUAAGACAGGCAUGGUGCCCUCCACCGUGGGUCACCUUUUCAAGGGACUGGAUCAGUGGGCUGCAUCAGGCUGUUUCCAGCAGUGAAGUUCACUUCUAUACAGAAAUGCUCCGUGCCAACUGUCCCCUCUGCUGUCACUGGCAAGGAGCUGGAGCUAUCAGCCGAGCUUCUCAACUCCCUCAGAGUAG